GUCUGGAGUGGAACUACAUAAAUCAGACCGUCCCUGUAUGACUGGACACUAAAGCAGAACCAAGGAUACAAAGAGUCUUCAUGUCUAAUAUUUAGACAUGUUCAGCUUUGUGGAUUCCCGGUUACUGCUUUUGAUAGCAGCAACUGUUCUACUCACCAAAGGCCAAGGCGAAGAAGACCUUCCAUCUGGAGGAUGCAUAUAUAACGAAGUAACAUACAAUGACAAAGAUGUUUGGAAACCUAAUGACUGCCACAUCUGUGUGUGCGACGCUGGAGCCGUCCUUUGUGACAAGAUAAUGUGUGAUGACAUCUCAGACUGCCCCAAUCCUGUACAAAGCGUCGGCGAAUGCUGUGCAACCUGCCCUGAAUCUGAUAGCACUCCAGUUUACCCAGAAGAGGGUGGAGUAGAGGGUCCUCAAGGAGAACCAGGCCCAAAAGGAGAUAGGGGACCUGCAGGCCCACCUGGCAGAGAUGGCAUUCCUGGACAACCUGGCCUCCCUGGUCCCCCAGGCCCUCCAGGACCCCCAGGCCUUGGCGGAAACUUCGCUCCUCAGCUUUCUUACGGUUAUGAUGAAAAAUCUGUUGGUGGUCUUUCUCUUCCUGGCCCAAUGGGUCCAGCUGGUCCUCGCGGUCUUCCUGGUCCCCCUGGUGCUCCAGGUCCCCAAGGUUUCCAAGGUCCCCCUGGUGAACCCGGAGAGCCUGGUGCUUCUGGUCCAAUGGGUCCCCGUGGUCCAGCUGGCCCACCUGGCAAGAAUGGAGAUGAUGGUGAAUCUGGAAAACCUGGCCGUCCUGGUGAGCGUGGUCCUCCUGGCCCACAGGGCGCUCGUGGUCUUCCCGGAACUGCUGGUCUGCCAGGCAUGAAGGGACACAGAGGCUUCAGUGGUCUUGAUGGUGCUAAGGGUGAUAGCGGUCCAGCUGGCCCUAAGGGUGAGCCUGGCAGCCCUGGUGAGAAUGGUGCUCCUGGACAAGUUGGCCCAAGGGGUCUUCCUGGUGAGAGAGGCCGUCCCGGUCCAGCUGGCCCUGCUGGUGCUCGUGGUAAUGAUGGUAGCCCAGGUCCUGCUGGUCCCCCAGGUCCCACUGGUCCAGCUGGUCCCCCUGGCUUCCCUGGUGCUGUUGGCCCUAAGGGUGAAACUGGUCCCCAAGGUGCUCGUGGUGGUGAAGGCCCACAAGGUGCUCGUGGUGAACCCGGCCCUGCUGGUCCUGCUGGAUCUGCUGGUCCUUCUGGAAACCCUGGUGCUGAUGGUCAACCUGGUGCCAAAGGUGCAACUGGUGCUCCUGGUAUUGCUGGUGCUCCUGGCUUCCCUGGUGCUCGUGGCCCAGCUGGACCUCAAGGCCCCAGUGGCGCUCCUGGUCCCAAGGGUAACAGUGGUGAACCUGGUGCUCCUGGAAACAAAGGAGAUGCUGGUGCUAAAGGAGAACCUGGCCCCGCUGGUGUCCAAGGCCCACCUGGUCCACAUGGUGAGGAAGGCAAGAGAGGAUCCCGUGGUGAGCCCGGACCUGCUGGUUUGCCUGGACCUGCUGGUGAACGUGGUGCUCCUGGAAGCCGUGGUUUCCCUGGUGCUGAUGGCAUUGCUGGUCCCAAGGGUCCCCCUGGUGAGCGUGGUUCUCCUGGCCCUGCUGGUCCCAAAGGAUCUCCUGGUGAAGCUGGACGCGCUGGUGAGCCUGGUCUCCCUGGAGCCAAGGGUCUGACUGGUAGCCCUGGUAGCCCUGGCCCCGAUGGCAAGACUGGACCUACUGGCCCUGCUGGUCAAGAUGGUCGCCCCGGACCUGCAGGUCCACCUGGUGCAAGAGGUCAAGCUGGUGUGAUGGGUUUCCCUGGACCUAAAGGCGCUGCUGGUGAGCCUGGCAAGCCUGGUGAGAGAGGUGCUCCUGGACCUGUUGGUGCUGUUGGUGCUGCUGGUAAAGAUGGUGAAACUGGUGCUCAGGGACCCCCUGGCCCAAGUGGCCCUGCUGGAGAAAGAGGUGAACAAGGUCCCGCUGGAGCUCCUGGAUUCCAGGGUCUGCCUGGUCCUGCUGGUGCCCCUGGUGAAUCUGGAAAGCCUGGUGAACAGGGUCCCCCUGGUGAUGCUGGUGCUCCCGGCCCCGCUGGUGCAAGAGGCGAGAGAGGCUUCCCUGGUGAACGUGGUGUCCAAGGCCCUGCAGGUCCUCCUGGCCCCCGCGGUGCUAAUGGUGCUCCUGGUAACGAUGGUGCCAAGGGUGAUGCUGGUGCUCCUGGCACUCCUGGAAAUCAAGGUCCUCCUGGCCUCCAGGGUAUGCCUGGCGAACGUGGUGCUGCUGGUCUGCCCGGUGCCAAGGGAGACAGAGGUGACCCAGGUCCCAAAGGUGCUGAUGGUUCUCCUGGCAAGGAUGGCGCCAGAGGACUGACUGGACCCAUUGGCCCACCUGGACCCGCUGGUGCUCCUGGUGACAAAGGUGAAGCUGGCCCCGCUGGCCCCGCUGGUCCCACUGGUGCUCGUGGUGCUCCUGGAGAUCGUGGUGAACCUGGCCCUGCAGGACCUGCGGGAUUUGCUGGCCCCCCUGGUGCGGAUGGACAACCUGGUGCUAAAGGUGAAACUGGUGAUGCUGGUGCUAAAGGUGAUCCUGGUCCUCCUGGUCCUGCUGGAGCCACUGGACCCCCUGGACCUGCUGGCCCUAUUGGUGCUCCCGGAGCCAAAGGUGCUCGUGGAAGUGCUGGACCCCCUGGUGCUACUGGAUUCCCUGGAGCUGCUGGAAGAGUUGGACCCCCUGGCCCAUCUGGUAACAUCGGACUUCCCGGCCCACCAGGCCCUGUUGGAAAGGAAGGUUCCAAAGGACCCCGUGGUGAGACUGGACCAGCUGGCCGCCCCGGUGAAGCUGGACCUGCUGGCCCACCUGGACCUCCUGGUGAGAAGGGAUCUCCCGGUUCUGAUGGACCUGCUGGUGCCCCUGGUACUCCUGGCCCACAAGGUAUUGCUGGACAACGUGGUGUAGUUGGUCUUCCUGGACAAAGAGGCGAGAGAGGUUUCCCUGGUCUUCCCGGACCAUCUGGCGAGCCUGGCAAACAAGGUCCAUCUGGUUCUCCUGGUGAACGUGGUCCUCCUGGUCCAAUGGGACCACCUGGCUUGGCUGGACCCCCUGGUGAAGCUGGACGUGAGGGUGCUCCUGGUGCCGAGGGUGCUCCUGGACGUGAUGGUGCUGCUGGUCCUAAGGGUGAUCGUGGUGAGACUGGCCCAGCUGGUCCUCCUGGUGCUCCUGGUGCCCCCGGUGCCCCUGGCCCUGUUGGCCCUGCUGGCAAGAAUGGAGACCGUGGUGAGACUGGUCCUGCUGGCCCUGCUGGUCCCGCUGGCCCUGCUGGUGCUCGUGGUCCUGCUGGCCCUCAAGGUCCUCGUGGUGACAAGGGUGAGACUGGUGAACAAGGUGACAGAGGCAUGAAGGGUCACAGAGGAUUCUCUGGUCUCCAGGGUCCCCCAGGUCCCCCUGGUUCUCCUGGUGAACAAGGUCCCUCUGGUGCUUCUGGCCCUGCUGGUCCAAGAGGUCCUCCUGGCUCUGCUGGGGCCGCUGGCAAAGAUGGUCUGAAUGGUCUCCCUGGUCCCAUUGGCCCACCUGGUCCCCGUGGUCGUACUGGUGAUGCUGGCCCUGCUGGCCCCCCUGGACCUCCUGGCCCACCUGGUCCCCCAGGCGCACCUAGUGGUGGCUUUGACUUCAGCUUCUUGCCCCAGCCUCCUCAAGAGAAAGCUCAUGAUGGCCGCUACUACAGAGCUGAUGAUGCCAAUGUGAUGCGUGACCGUGACCUUGAAGUUGACACUACCCUCAAGAGCCUUUCCAUGCAGAUUGAGAACAUCCGUAGCCCUGAGGGAACCCGUAAGAACCCUGCCCGCACUUGCCGUGACCUGAAGAUGUGCCAUGGAGACUGGAAGAGCGGCGAGUACUGGAUUGACCCCAACCAAGGCUGCAAUCUUGAUGCUAUCAAGGUUCAUUGUAACAUGGAGACUGGAGAGACCUGUGUCUACCCAGUUCAGGCUAAGACUGCCCUGAAGAACUGGUACAUCAGUAAGAACCCCAACGAGAAGAAGCAUGUCUGGUUUGGCGAAUCAAUGAACGGAGGCUUCCAGUUUGAAUAUGGUGGUGAGGGAUCCAACCCAGCUGAUGUUGCUAUCCAACUGACUUUCUUGCGCCUGAUGUCCACUGAAGCCUCCCAGAACAUCACCUACCACUGCAAGAACAGUGUGGCUUACAUGGAUGAAGAGACCGGCAACUUGAAGAAGUCUUUGAUUCUCCAGGGCUCCAAUGACAUUGAGGUCAGAUCAGAGGGCAACAGCCGCUUCACCUACGAAUCCACCGAGGAUGGCUGCACGCGUCACACUGGUGAAUGGGGAAAAACAGUCAUCCAAUACAAGACAACAAAAACAUCCCGGUUGCCCAUCAUUGAUGUGGCUCCCAUGGACAUUGGUGCCCCAGACCAGGAAUUUGGCUUUGAGUUUGGACCUGUCUGCUACUUGUAAACCGAAAAGGAAACCUGACAGUUUAAAAAAUAAAAUAAAAAACAGCCAAAAAAGAAGGAAAUUUCACAUGGACUUGAAUUUGUGUCUUUUUCUAUCCAUCAUCUCUAAAACUAUUUUCAUUUCCGUUAAAAAAACAAAAAAAAAGCAUUAAACCAAAAAAAUAAAUGACUUUUCAAAAAUAAUUAAGGAAGUGCAUCCACUUGCUUGACUUUUUUUUAAUUAAACCCCCCCAAAGACAGAAUGGUUUGGUUUUCUCUUCUUCUUUUUUAGAUUGUAAUAUCUUGGGACCACUAUUUGCACAUUCCAGAAAGACAUAUAUAUAUAAAAACCAUACAAAAAGAUGAAAUCAGUCCAAACCAAGCAACACCUGAAGUAUUACAACUGCCAGUUUUGAAAAAUCUGUUGUUUCCACAGCAACAACAGCAGUGCUAAAUUAGUAGCAGAACCUGCCCAUCACACCCCCAUUUAAAAAAAAAGAAAAAUCCAUCCACCCCCACCACUUAACCUGGAGUUGGGGAAAAAACCCUCAAAACUUACCUAGAAGCCAUCAUUCUCUGCCAGUACUUUUAUAUGCAGAGAUAUUUCUGUUUUUUUUUCACAGAGCAAUACCACUGAAAUAUUAUUUCAGCCAUGUAAAAUGUACAUUUUUUUCUGUUUUGUUCAGUCGGCAAUAGAAAGAAAUUUGACAAAGACUUUAUCAGUGCAGGUGUACUGAGUGGCUUCAAAAAGGUACUAGCUUUGAUCGAAGGAAUGGGUGAAUAACUAUCCCUCUGAAAGAGGCCAGAGAUUAUUUGUUUUUAAGUAAAACAGGUUAGCAAAGAAUAGGUUUAAGAGCUACAAAUACUUUGUCGGUGAACAACUGAAGGGGAAAAAUGGGCAAUAAUACCAGAAAACAGAGAAAAUGUAAUGUUAAAUGUAUAUUAUUGUUGUAUGGAAGGCUACCUCACCUUUUAUCAUUUUCAAGUUCUUUGGGGUAGUUUCGGGGGAUUUUUUUUUAAAGCCAGCACCAGGUUACAGCAGAGUGGAGGAAGUUAGGCAGGGUUCCAAGUUUAGCUAAAGGUGCUAUCUGUGUCUAUAUAUAUAUAUAUUUCUUUUUUAGUCAGCUAUGUUAAUAAUUUUAGGGUCCCAUGGAGUUAUUUUUUGAGCUGAUGAAACUUAUAAAAACCUCUCCCUUCACCCUGAAGCGUGUUGCUAAGCAGGGCCAUUUGGUGCUAUAGAAAUGAGAUUAUUGUGGGGAGGAGGAGGAAAAUUGAGGCCUUGCUUGUGAACUUUCAAAAAGGUGCUAUUUUUUUUUCUUUUUGAACAAGCAAAAAAUCCAGGAUGAGAAAAAAAUCAAACUUUGCUACAAGGGAUCAAGGUCUGAGCAGUUUGUCUUUCUCUUGUAAAGCAGGUGGAUUCCCUUUUUGCUUGCUUUUUUUCCUUUCAUCUAGUUCGUCUCCUCCAUCCUCUUCCAUUUCUCAUUUCACCCUGCAAGCAAACUCCUGUGCCAAGCCUUCCUGUUCGCCCAUGGUCCUCAUGCAUCCUUUUCUCCUUCUCCAUCUCUUCUUCUCUGCUCUCCCAGUCCACACCUUUCUCCCACCCUCCACCCCUGUCUUUUGGUGGGUUUCCAAUGCAAGCAGACCCCUUCCUCUCUUUACCAAGAGUUCUAGGGAGUGUGAGCGACCGAAGAUUCUGUACCUAUUUUGUAUAUGUAUAAUAAUUUGAGAUGUUUUUAAUUAUUUUGACUGCUGAAAUAAAGCAUGUGAAAUGAUCCAAAUA